AUGCCUGACAGCUUCGACGGCCAGGCUGCUGGUCUUGCAGUCGGUUUGCCGCCAUUUCCCAUGAGAAACCCGCCCCGAAGACCGCGGCGAGGCAGCAAGUUUAUUGUCGCCAUACAGAAGGGAGAAGAGAACCGAUAUGGCACCUUCCUAGUCCGAAAAUACCCGGCACUGCGAAUUGGACAAUCACGCGCACUUGCGGUACUGGCGUGGUGCAAAAAGAAGAGAGCUAUCAGAAGUCUGUCACAGCUUUGA